CCGCCUUUCCCAGCCCCGCGCGCGUGCGCACUCCCACUCUGCUGGGAGUUUUGCUCUGCGGUUCCUUUUUUCCAGCCCGGGUGGGGGCCGAAGACCCGGCGAUCGAGGGGAGGCUGGGGUCGGCCCGCCAUGCGUUGGGGGCUGAGCCCUCGCGGCCCGGGCCCAGCGGCCCUGGCCGCCGCCCGGAGUCUCUGGGGACCGCCCUGCUUUCCCUGUCACCCCCGGUGGCGGGGGACAGCUAGGCGGCUUUUGGUGCGAUCAGUCACCGGGGCCAGUAAUGAGCUGCAGAACUCGAGUAAUGGCAGGUAUCGGGAGACGGUGCUACUGCCCCAGACCGACUUCCCCAUGAAACUGCUGGGCCGCCAGCAGCCGGACUUGGAGCUGGAGAUCCAGCAGAAAUGUGGAUUUUCAGAACUGUAUUCAUGGCAAAGAGAAAGGAAAGUGAAGACAGAAUUUUGUCUUCAUGAUGGACCUCCUUAUGCAAAUGGUGACCCUCACGUGGGACAUGCUUUAAAUAAGAUUUUGAAAGAUAUAGCCAAUCGAUACCAUAUGAUGAGGGGUUCCAAAGUACAUUUUGUGCCGGGCUGGGACUGUCAUGGGUUACCCAUCGAAGUAAAAGUACUGUCAGAACUCGGUGGAAAAGCUCAGAAUCUUUCAGCGGUGGAAAUUAGAGAGAAAGCGAGAUCAUUUGCUCAGGCGGCGAUCGAGAAGCAGAGGUCGGCGUUCAUUCGCUGGGGAGUGAUGGCGGAUUGGGGCAACUGCUACUACACGUUCGAUGGGAAGUACGAGGCCAAGCAGCUGAGAAUUUUCUACCAGAUGUAUGAAAAGGGCCUGAUUUAUCGGUCUUACAAACCGGUGUUCUGGUCUCCCUCAUCCAGGACCGCGCUGGCCGAAGCGGAGCUGGAGUACAAUCCUGAGCACGUCAGCCGCUCCGUUUACGUCAAGUUCCCCCUCCUGAAACCUGCUCCUAAGCUGGCGUCUCUCAUAGAUGGUUCGGCGCCUGCUAGUUGUCUAGUCUGGACCACACAGCCCUGGACAAUCCCGGCCAAUCAGGCUGUGUGUUAUAUGCCAGAUGCAAAGUACGCCAUUGUGAAAUGUUCCACAUCCGGAGAGCUGUACGUACUGGCGGCAGAUAAAGUAACACCUGUGGCUUCUGCUUUGAAAACAACGUUUGAGGUUAUUUCAACAUGUUCAGGUGCUGACUUGGAAAACGGUACUUGUACUCACCCCUUAAUUCCCGAUAAAGCCUCUCCUCUCCUACCUGCGAAUCACGUGACCAUGGCCAAAGGCACGGGGCUGGUGCACACAGCCCCCGCCCACGGAAUGGAAGAUUACAGUGUGGCCUCGCAGCACGACCUGUCCAUGGACUGUGUAGUGGAUGAAGACGGGGUUUUCACGGACGCCGCGGGCCCCGAACUUCGGAGGAAGGCUGUCCUCGAAGAGGGGACAGAUGCAGUUAUAAAGAUGCUUCAGGCUUCAAAGAAUUUGUUGAAGGAGGAAACGCUGGUACACAGUUACCCCUACGACUGGAGGACUAAGAAGCCGGUGGUUAUUCGUGCCAGCAAGCAGUGGUUUGUCGACAUCACGGACCUUAAGACCACGGCCAAGGAACUGCUGAAAAAGGUGAAAUUUAUCCCCGCAUCAGCACUGAACGCCAUGGUGGACACGAUGGACCGGCGGCCGUAUUGGUGCAUCUCCAGGCAGCGAGCGUGGGGGGUUCCCAUCCCUGUGUUCCAUCACAAGACGAAGGAUGAAUUCUUGAUCAACAGCCAAACCGUGGAGCACGUCGCUCAGCUCGUGGAGCAGCGUGGCAGUGACGUCUGGUGGACCCUGCCCCCGGAGCAGCUGCUUCCUGCGGAAGUCCUCGCUCAGGCUGGUGGCGCCAAUGCCUUGGAGUUCACGCCGGGCCGGGACAUUCUGGACAUCUGGUUCGAUAGCGGCACUUCGUGGUCUUGUGUCCUCCCAGGUACGGACCAAACAGCAGACUUGUACCUGGAAGGAAAAGACCAGCUGGGUGGUUGGUUUCAGUCUUCCUUGUUAACAAGCGUGGCAGCGAGGAAAAAAGCCCCUUUUAAGACGGUGGUCGUUCACGGGUUCACCCUCGGGGAAAAGGGAGAGAAGAUGUCCAAGUCCCUGGGGAACGUCGUCGACCCCGACGUCGUCGUCAAUGGAGGACAAGAUCAAAGCAAAGAGCCUCCUUAUGGUGCGGACGUCCUUCGCUGGUGGGUGGCUGAGUCCAACAUCUUCACCGAAGUGACGAUCAGCCCAUCCGUGCUCAGUGCGGCCAGAGACGACAUCAGCAAGCUUAGGAAUACACUCCGCUUUCUUUUGGGAAAUGUGGCUGGUUUCAACCCAGAGACAGACUCCAUCCCUGUGGACAAAAUGUACGUCAUAGACCAGUACAUGCUGCAUUUACUGCAGGACUUAGCAGGCAAGAUAACCGACUCGUACAAGCAGUACGAUUUUGGAAAAGUUGUCCGGCUGCUGCGAGCCUUUUACACCCGAGAACUCUCCAACUUCUAUUUCAGCAUAAUCAAAGACAGGCUCUACUGUGAAAGCGCAGGUGACCCCAAGCGGCGCUCCUGUCAGACCGCGCUGGCGGAGAUUCUGGAUGUGAUGGUUCGUGCUUUCGCGCCCAUUCUCCCGCACCUGGCUGAGGAGGUGUUCCAGCACAUACCUUACGCUAAAGAGCCCAGGAGUGUUUUCCGUACCGGGUGGAUUAACACGAGCUCCAUCUGGAAGAAGCCCGGGCUAGAGGAGGCAGUGGAGAGCGCCUGCGCCAUGAGGGACAAGUUUCUGGGCAGCAUCCCCGGCCGGAACGCCGCCGAGUACGAGGUCACCAUCGUCAUUGAGCCUGGGCUGCUCUUCGAGAUCAUAGAGAUGCUGCAGGCUGAGGAGACUUCCAGCACCUCCCAGCUGAGCGAGCUCAUGAUGGCUUCCCGGACCACGCUCCUCUCCCAGGAGCCACAGGUGACGCCUGGGGAUGCCACCGAGCACACGGGGACCUUCCUCAUCAACCUGGAAGGUGGUGAUAUCCGUGAAGAGUCUUCAUAUAAAGUGAUUGUCACGCCAACCACCAAAGAAAAGUGCCCUCGUUGUUGGAAGUACACGGCCAAGUCUUCGGACACGCUCUGCCCCCGCUGUGCGGAAGUGGUGGGUGGGACGUAGCACCGCCCCCUGGCGCCGACCACGGCUCCGGGCAGACCCGGCGGUGCUGACUCGGUCUGGGGGACUGUUCACCACGCUGGGAGGAAACCCAGACUCGGGCCAGGAGCGGGAGGGGGAGUGGUGGAGGGUGGGAGUCCGAGUAAGAAUGCUAAGGCUUUCCUGUGACUAGAUGAAUGCAGCGUGCACAUACAUGUACAGACGCGCACACGUGCAGACAUGCACACGUGCGGACGGAUGCUGCUCUGUCCACGACGGGCCCGCGCAAACACGGAACGCGCUGGCCGUCGGCUGUGGCUGAGCACAAAGUGUUUUGUAUUUCAUAAGCCCUUCUGACGCGGUAGUUACGUUCUGCUAUGUCGAGGAAUAAAGGCGUUUUGGAAAAUCA